AUGCCUGAAAGACGUGAUGAGUUUGUCCAGGCGACCAACAACUCUUCGAUUGUUUCCAAAAGAUCGGUAGAAAAACUUUAUGGAUCGAUUCUUUACCCAUCGCACCCCGAAGGCACCCAGUACUUCCACCAUUUUGUCCCCAAAUUCAAACGUCGUAGCCCGGUGAUCAACCGUGGAUACCUUCUUCGACUCCUUAUUGUGCGACAAACCCUUGACAAGCUUCUCCAAGCCAGUGGGGACGAUAAAGUGUACGUGAUCAACCUUGGAUGCGGGUACGACCCUAUCGCGUUUGAGUACUUGGAAAAACCAGGGAUCAAGGACAAGGUGGUGUUUGUCGAUAUCGAUUAUCACGCAUUAAUCGAUGAGAAAUUUAGAAUGAUCCACAAUAGUCCUGAGCUUAAAAGGAUCAUCAAAUUGGAAGAUGAGUCAACGUCGUGCCACGAGUUUAUGGCAUUGAAAAACAAGAGCCCAAUCUACAAAAUCGUCACUGAUAAUUAUAUCAUGGUGCAAUGUGAUCUAAACGAUUAUAAAUCGUAUCAAUCGGUAUUACAGGACUUGAAUCUAUUGGGAAAUCAAUCAUCAUCCACGAAAAUCUUCAUUGCUGAAGUUUCCAUCACUUAUAUGGAACCGGAUAAAUCCGAUAAGAUCAUUGAACAUUCCACCCAGUGCGAAAAUUCGCACUUCAUCAUCCUUGAACAGCUUAUUCCUAACGAGGACAUGGAUGACCGGUUUGUGCAAUUGAUGUUUCGUCAUUUCAACAAAGUGAACUCUCCAAUCCGCAGUGUCGAAGGAAGAUACCGCACGUUCGAACACCAACGAGAAAGAUACCAUCGGUUGGCAAACCAUACUGGAGAGCUUGAAAUGGUGACAUUGAUGGAAUACUGGGACCAUUUCAUCAGUGAUGAGUUGAAACAGAAAAUUAGUAAAGUCGAAGGGUUUGACGAAUACGAAGAACAUAAUUUGUUUUGUACCCACUAUUAUUUUGGUCAUUUCACAAAUAACGGCCGUAAAGUUCUUCAAAUCCCUGCGAAACCCGAUUUAUCAAAAAUCCCUAUUGUUAAAGCCGGUGAUUUGGGGAUCAGUUUCCAAGUCCAAGAAAUCGCUAAUCUCCAACGUCGUUUGACAUCCGCGUGCGCGUUUCCCACCAACAAAGAUACAUCGAUUCUUGUGAACUCUGGUUUCUCCCAAGCAAAGCUUUCAUCUUCAUUGAUCCUCUCUAAUGAUAACUCCACGCUUCCUAUCAAGGGAAUUACCCCUCCAGAAAGACUUUGUCAUUCUAUUGUGAGUAUCAACGAUUCGAACAAGUUCUUGCUCAUUGGUGGCCGUAGUGCCCCAAAUAAGCCAUUUACCGAUUGUUGGAUAUUAGAACCGGUUGGUGAUGUUUAUCAAUGGCGUCAAACUGCAUCAUUACCAGAUCAUGGAAGAUAUCGUAUGAACGCUUUUGUAGUGGGACAAGACGUUAUUGUGUGUAAUGGGUCGAUCAUCGAUAAUUGUUUCCUCAAAUUUGAUACCACCACGGAAUCUUGGGAGAAAUUGGCAUUGCUGGAGACCGGUGUGGAAUCAUUCCUUCCAAGGGUCGGUGCGGCGGUCACUUACAAUUCUCAUAGUAAUAAAGGGUAUAUUUUCGGAGGAAUGUUUGAUGAAAAUACAAUUGAUCCUUCGAUCUAUGAAUUUCAAUUGAAUAUGCCAUCCAAUGAGGUCAAGAUCACAAAAAUUAUGACCCAUGCUUUUGCCGGACGUUUUGGGGCUGCCGUCACCUCCAUUGAAAAGUCAAGCAACCAGUACCUUCUAUUUGGUGGGGUAGCCACGGAUUUCGUAUACGGACAAGAUACCGCGUUUGUAAUAUUCGAUGCCGAGCAGCAGAAAUUCACAAAAUUGCAAGUCGAGAAAUCCGUCUGGGAGAAAUUCCCGAUCUUCGUAUGUGGGGAUCUUGUGGAUAUUGAUGAUGGUCAGAAGAUUUACGUCGGUGGGGGCGCGGUGUGUUAUUCAUUUGGGUCUUAUUGGAAUGGACUUGUAAAAAUUAAUAUUGGAUCCGAUCAAUCACAAUCAUCAACCCACAAUAUUUUUGAAUUUCUCAAUAAGGAAAACAAAAUUGAUACUGAGCGGAAACCCGAUGAUGAGACAUCGAAAACCUCGGUUUCCAAGGAUUUGAAAUCCGUGACGAAAAAACCAACCUUAGUGAAGAGUAAAGCUAUAGAAAAAGUUGAUGGGAAAUCAAUAGACACUAAAGAGAUUAUAGCAUCAGACGUUCCGUUAGUCAUAACAGCAACAUUAUCAUCACCUUCUUCUUCUUCUUCUUCUUCUUCUUCUUCUUCUUCUUCUUCUUCUUCUUCUUCUUCUUCUUCUUCUUCUUCUUCUUGCUCUGACAAGGUAAUGUUGCAAAAUAUCAUUGGGCAAAUCGGUGCUACUACUGAAAUCCAAGUUUCCAACUUAUUAGUGAAAUUCUCUGAUUUCAUAGAUGGCAUGCUCGUCAAUAAAUAUCAAAAACAAAACGUUUCUAUCCCAUUAGAUGAUGAUGAUUUCCUCGCAUCUUGUUUUGAAUUGUCAACCCAAGAUUUUGGUAAUAAGAAGACACUCGUUAUCACUUCGGGGAAAUUGACCACCCCUCUCAUGAUGGUGUCUUCUAACCUUCAAAUCAUGGUUCAACUCCGGGGUCAAAGAUUGGUGAAAUUGUACCCAGGUUCCCAAAGGCUGAUGCUUGUGGGAGACUCCAAUGAAUUAUCAACAAUCCAUGAUAUUUUCAACCGUAAUCCGAAAUUGGAAUUCAAUGUCAACCCACAAUUAACCCCAUUCGAGACAAUAGUAAAUGAAGGGGAUGUCAUUAUCGUACCAUCGGGUUGGAUUGUUGGACAAAGAAGUUUGGAUACCUCAAUCAUGAUUAAUUAUGAAUUGUAA